GAAACUUGAUCAGCGCGCCACUUCAUUCAAUAAUCUGCCAGGUGCUCGACAACGUGUUCUCGUAUUCUUGAGAAGCAUUUUCUAACAGCCACUCAACUGGACAUCAAGAUGUCGGCGCAAAUGGAAACCGAGGCUGGAGAUGUGGAGACUUUUGCAUUCCAAGCUGAAAUUGCUCAGCUUAUGUCUCUGAUCAUCAAUACCUUUUAUUCCAAUAAGGAAAUUUUUCUCAGAGAAUUAAUCUCAAACUCCAGCGAUGCUCUUGAUAAGAUACGCUACGAGUCUUUGACUGAUCCUUCCAAGUUGGACAGUGGUAAAGAAUUGUACAUUAAAAUCAUUCCAAACAAAAAUGAUGGCACUCUGACCAUUAUUGAUACUGGUAUUGGUAUGACCAAGGCUGAUUUAGUAAAUAAUCUUGGUACAAUUGCUAAAUCUGGUACCAAGGCAUUUAUGGAAGCUCUACAGGCUGGUGCUGAUAUUUCCAUGAUUGGUCAGUUUGGUGUAGGAUUCUACUCUGCCUAUCUUGUUGCUGAUAAAGUUACAGUUGUUUCAAAACACAAUGAUGACGAACAGUACCUAUGGGAAUCUAGCGCCGGAGGAUCAUUCACUGUCAGGCAUGACCCUGGAGAGCCAUUGGGACGUGGAACAAAAAUUGUUUUACACAUCAAGGAAGACCAAAGCGAAUAUUUAGAAGAAAGUAAAAUUAAGGAGAUCGUUAAGAAACAUUCCCAAUUUAUUGGUUAUCCAAUUAAGUUAGUAGUUCAGAAGGAACGUGAGAAAGAAUUGAGCGAAGAUGAAGCUGAAGAACCUGAGGAGAAAAAGGAAGAGGAUGAUGGAAAACCAAAAGUUGAAGACGUAGAUGAAAGCGAAGAGGCAGCAGAGGAAGAAGGAAAGAAGAAAAAGAAGAAGACUAUCAAGGAAAAAUAUACAGAAGAUGAAGAAUUAAAUAAAACAAAACCUAUCUGGACCAGAAAUCCUGAUGAUAUUUCUCAGGAGGAAUAUGGUGAAUUUUAUAAAUCACUGACUAAUGAUUGGGAAGAUCAUUUGGCUGUUAAGCACUUCUCUGUUGAAGGCCAAUUGGAAUUCAGAGCUUUACUCUUUGUUCCAAGGCGGAUGCCAUUUGAUUUGUUUGAGAAUAAGAAGAGAAAGAAUAACAUCAAGCUUUAUGUAAGGAGGGUAUUCAUUAUGGACAACUGCGAAGAAUUAAUUCCAGAAUAUUUGAAUUUCAUGAAAGGUGUAGUUGACAGCGAAGAUCUUCCUCUCAACAUUUCUCGUGAGAUGCUUCAGCAGAAUAAAAUCUUGAAGGUUAUUCGUAAAAACCUUGUUAAAAAAUGUUUAGAAUUAUUUGAAGAACUUACAGAAGAUAAGGAUAACUAUAAGAAAUUCUAUGAACAAUUUAGUAAAAAUAUUAAAUUAGGUAUUCACGAGGACAGCACCAACCGGAGUAAAUUGGCCGACCUUUUGAGAUAUCACACCUCUGCUUCUGGUGAUGAAGCUUGCUCUCUGAAGGACUAUGUAGGCAGAAUGAAAGAAAAUCAGAAACACAUUUACUUCAUCACUGGAGAGAACAAAGAACAAGUUGCAAACAGUUCCUUCGUUGAACGUGUCAAGAAACGUGGUUUUGAAGUUGUUUACAUGACGGAACCUAUUGAUGAAUAUGUAGUACAACAAAUGAAAGAGUUCGAUGGAAAACAAUUAGUAUCUGUAACCAAAGAAGGACUGGAACUCCCUGAAGAUGAGGAAGAAAAGAAGAAGAGAGAAGAAGACAAAGCCAAGUUUGAGAACUUGUGCAAAGUAAUGAAGAACAUUCUUGACAACAAAGUAGAAAAGGUUGUAGUAUCAAAUCGUUUGGUUGACUCUCCUUGUUGUAUAGUCACCUCUCAAUAUGGUUGGACAGCCAACAUGGAAAGAAUUAUGAAAGCUCAAGCUCUUAGGGAUACGUCUACUAUGGGAUAUAUGGCAGCAAAGAAGCAUCUUGAAAUCAAUCCUGAUCAUGCCAUCAUCGAAACCCUUCGUCAAAAAGCAGAGGUUGACAAGAGUGACAAAGCAGUGAAGGACUUGGUAAUCUUGUUGUUCGAAACAGCACUCCUUUCCUCAGGUUUUACAUUGGAUGAACCACAGGUUCAUGCUGCAAGAAUUUACAGAAUGAUCAAGCUGGGUCUUGGUAUUGAUGAGGAAGAACCUGCUCCAGAGGAACAAAGUACAGAAGAUGUACCUCCUCUUGAAGGAGAUGCGGAAGAUGCUUCCCGAAUGGAAGAAGUAGAUUAAGUUUAAGAUCUGAAUGUGAAAUUAAUAUUAAUGUCAUUGUAGUUAUUAAAAGACUGCCAAAGUAGCCACGUUUUAUGUGGUGUCAUUAAA